CGCCAUCACAUGCCACCAACAAUCGUGUCGGCCAUCGACGUGAAUGCGCUUGCUAAAUGGAGGGUGCGAUAUAGGAAGACAGACUCUCCACACACACUUCACUCGGCGUACCUCGCGCGAUAUACUACCUAGGACAGGCGCGGAAGUCGAAGUCGCGUCACCACGCAAAAUUGAACAAGCUCGAGUCAAGCGGAACCUGUUGAAAAUUCCGCAUGCUGGGAUUUGCGCACUUGCGCAUCAAGUGAAUAUCUGGCCACCCGCCAAGGAAUUUGUGGACUUCUCGCAUGGCCGCGACAACAGCCGAUGGAUUGAGCAGACGCCGAUCAAGCAAGAAAGCGCCCGAAUGUUCUUCCGCAGACGAUAUCGACGUGAAAAGGCGCGUCCCUCUCAGGCCGCACCUGAGAGCCCCUGCAAAGACAGCUCAUCGCUCUCUUGCUCACCAGUCGGGCGCUAGUGAUGCAGCGAAGCACGACGUGGCUCGUCGUCCACGGGGCCGGAGUGGCAAUGGACCCACCGAAGUGGAAAGCCCACUUCAUGUCACUUCAGGUGCGGACGAGAGUGACGGCGUCGAUGACGAAGGAUCGGUGGAAGAAUAUGACUUUACCGCCGAGCCUUCGGACGAUGACGAUGCGCCGGAGAACGACAUGGACGACGAUGCGGAUUCUGCUAUUACCGUGUCCUCGGACCCUCCCGCUGCUCCAGAAUCUGAGUACGCUAUCAACAAGCGACCAUGGCUGACCUUUCCUGAAGACAUUCGUAAGCAAUGGGAGAUCAUGUACUCCAACGUAACACCAUACCCAGUCGCCUCUAGUUGGGUGGCAACGGAAGAGUAUCAACGAGAGAAAGACAACGAAAUGCUGAGGUACAUGGAGGAUUUCCCGCUUUCUCAAUGGGUGAUUCCACAACAACAGGCAAGUAAUGCUUACAACCAGCUCGUGGAGCGGAUCCGAUGGCGCAACUAUGGUAUUCCAAUCUAUGGACGUGACAGGGUGCCCGCAACUCCAAAUGCUCCUGCUGCUCCACUCCCACCACCACCAGUGCAGGGGUUGUGUCCGCCACCGCCAGGUCUAGGACCUGGUCAACUUCACCCGCAUUCUCUGUACUCGCCGCAACCCUAUCCGUCUGCACCGCCUCGGCAAAUAUUGCCGCUUCACAUGCCCCAGCACGCAGUUCAGCAGCCAAUGCAGAACGCCAUGCCGGUACAGAUGCCGUCCCCCCAGCAGCAGCAGCAGCAGCAGCAUCACAUUGGUCUCGCUCCGCACCCAAAUCGAGGCCAGCUUCCCCCAAAUCUCGUUGCGGUCCCAUCUCAGCCAUACGCUCAGCCGAUGCCAAUGCAUCAUGGGCCAACACAUCCAGGUAUGGGCUACGCGAUUGGUCCUCCUCAACAAAUUUCGUAUGGCAUACCAUUGGGAACAUACAUGGGUAAACAUAUGCCGUCAGGAGGGAUGUAUACGUCUCAAGGCCCGGCACCGCCUCGCCAGCCUAGAAAGCCGCGAGAAAAGAAAGAAACACCGGCUGUUGGGACACCCCCUCUCCCCCCUCCCACGCCUCCUUACGAAAAUCGAGUCAAGCCCGUGUCUGCUCAGAAGGCAGCAAAGAAGCCCGCAAAGGCUAUCGGCUCUAAAUCAGGCCGCCGAUCUCAGCGUCGUCCCGCUGAGGCUGAUGACUUCCCUUGGACUCGGAAAUUGAAUUUUCGCGAGGCGAAAGAGAACGCGACGUGGGACGAUUCCAUCUACAGUCACGAGACACUGGUUGCGAUGCAAGCUGCCAGAGAGCAUAACGCUAAGCUCAUAGACAGUGUCGAUUCGAAGCUGGGUGAAGCACAGCGCCAAGCACGCUCCAAGAAGAAAGGGGCGUUAGCGGAGGAGGAUGUGUCCAAAGCUUCGCUCGAAGUCGAGGCCAAGCCCAGAGAACGUAAGAAGCGUGGGCACAACAACACGUACAACAACGAUGCCGGCGACCCCAACCACUCUGCAUCGUACUCCUGGGCCGACGAAAGCGCUGCCAAGGUGGGUAGAGCGAUGGGAUAUGAGAUUCCCGAUGAGGCCAUUUACCAGGGCAUGGAGGGCCGGCUGUCGGAGGAGCAGAUGGCCAUGCUCAGAGUCGUGUGGAAUCCCAGCAAGAAAGGCGGGCCCGAAAAUCUGAGGCCAGCGGUGUUUUCAGUCAAAGACAGCGUUCUGACUCGCAGGCAACUCGAGAAGACACCGAUCCUGACACAACGGGCAGCCGAGUGUCUGGUGGACUUUUGUCCGGAGAUGUUGUGGCGCGGCACGCUCCUUCGUGUCACCAGCGAAGGUGGGUUUGGUAAUAAGGAUGUUCGCGAUCGAUUCUGUCGCAAUGGUAGUUACUGUGACAAGGCCACGAUCACGAAGCGCAUCUCAGCCGCGCUGGGACAGAAGCAGGUUCAACCGAAAUCCAAGGGCUAUCAGGAAGGAGAGUACGAAUGGUACGAGCAGAAUGUCAAGGACUUUACGAACUACAUUUCGUAUUUCGGCCGCCGGACCGGUCACCGCAACAUGCUCAAGAUCCAGAUGCAAGGCGACAGGAGGAAGGCAAAGCUCGAGGCCAACGCUCGCGAGAGGGAUCGUACCUCUCCUGAAGAGAAGAAGGAGGAGGGUGAGGGGGAGGGCGAGGGAAAGGGGGAGGAGGGUGAGGGUGAAGGUAGGAAGCGCCGCAAGCUCGAUGUCCGCGGUGCAUACAGUUCUGAGGCGGCGCCUACUUCCGAUGGCAACGAUGGUGGCGGUGAGGAGAGUGAUGGUGAGAGCGCAGAGGAGGAGGAGGAGGCCGAUAGAGACGGGGACGACGACGACGAAGACGACGACGACAAUAGCGACGACGACGAAGAUGGCGAUGCUGUCUCUGCACAAGACUCGGACAUUCUCGACGAAUUGGACAACUCGGACUGAUGAAGGCUCAUUCUGGAGGGUUCGUAUGUGGGGCAGACGUGGCAGGUGUGGGUUAGGCACGAGGGGGCUACCCAUUCGUGCUUUCCGUUGUUCGUGCGCUGUCCGUUGAGGAAGGCGCAACGAUGAAGGUUGAUAGAAAUGGAAGGUUCAGCAUGAGGACAGAAGAACCUCCUCAUAUUGCACGGUACCUGUAGCGUUUGACGGGAGGGAGACGAGUUGACAGCAUCAGGUGCAGGUGCGGGUGCGGGAUAAUGGUCGGGUAUUCUACCUCAGGAGGUAUUCUUC